UGUAUACUUGUACGUUCUAUAUGCUUGUGCUCUUCCCGAUCCGGCCGAUGGAUCAGUAGCGGUUUGCGCCUCGUAUAGUGUAAACGCUUCUCUACCUUCUGACGUCGUUCGGUCGAUUCGUCUUCGAACCUCUUUGGUCGUGAAAAUCGGCUAAGUCGAUUAUCGGUUAAAGAGACCAAAUUGAAUGGAUUCGAAUUAUCGUAGUGCUCGAACCGAUUUUAAAUCGUCAACGUUUUCGAAACGAUUUCUUUUUCUAUCAUCGACACUCGAAAUCGAUCUGUUUUUUAAACAUCAUUGCCGUUGAAGUGGCUAUUAGAUAUAUUAGCUCUUCGAAUCGUCGUAUGCGUUUUUCAAUCAACUCGUCUCCGAAGCUCUACGAACAAUAAAUUAAUUCACAAGAUCAAGCAAAAUACUAUUUCCUUCGGAUCGAGUGCCUACGAUUUCAGUAAUAUUCGCUUGGUUGAUCCACAGGUUUGUCACGAUUUAGCGAUAUCUGUACAGAUCUCGGGAUACUUGGCGCAGAUUAUUCCAAUAUUUCCGGGGUGAAUUGCCAACCGUAUGGUAUUUUCGUGAAACCUGACCGGUAUCGAGGUCCUCCGAGGUUCAUUGAAUAUAAAAUAAUGAAUCGUUGAAUCGCAGAUAAGGGAAAACGAAUAAAGAACUAUGAUGGAACACGUUACCAGUGAGAAUACCAGUGAGAAUACCAGUGAGACGCAGGAGGAUCUGAAGACACAAAAGAUGUCUACCAAAUUCAAGCAAGGCGAAGUGCGUGAUAUAAUUAUCAAUGAAGUGCAAGGACAAAUGCAGGAAAUUAGGCAAGACAUUUUGGAGAUCAUUAACAGCCAAAUGAACGAUAUGAUAUCGGAAAUAAUGAGCAGAUUCAAUUCAACGGAGUUGAAAGAUCUGACGGAGUCCGAGAAAUACUCUAACAGAACGAAAGCAACAAAGGAGAACAUGUUACCUACCAAACAAUUUCUUCAAAGAAAUUCUCUAUUGACCGACCUGUACGAGAUUAAACAUAUUCGUACCCUUUAUAAUGCCAUCGUAGCAAUGUUGAUAAUUCUCUUAAUACACACCGCUGCGUACGAUAUCCGUCACAUAGGCUCGCCUAAUCUCGGCAUCGACACAGUGCGAGCUGGUUUUGGUAAAUUUCCAAUAGUAUUGCUCAUUUGGACCCUUAUGAAGUCAUCGGUUCUAGGAGUAUACCCCACUUUCUGUUGUUGGGCCACUCGUCGCCUCAAAUACGCGCCAAAUUCUUUUGCCAAAGAAGUUUGGGAUUACCUAUGGCUAGCAGGCAUCAUCCUAUAUCUGACUUUCUUAUUUGUACUUCCUACCAAAGCUUUACUCGACAACGAUUUGCCCUUUGCAUCUAGUAUGAUCAUUCUUAUGGAGCAAGUCCGGCUAGUCAUGAAGAUUCAUGCAUUCAUAAGAAGCGUUGCACCAAAAUUUUUAUCCUUUAAACCUCAUUCAGAUACACCAAUACCACAGCCACCUGGUUUUUCAAAGUAUCUCUAUUUCUUGUUCGCACCAACUCUCAUUUACCAAGACAGAUAUCCUAGGUCGAAGCGCAUUCGAUGGAACGUCGUUCUGUCGAAUUUCGUCGAAGUAAUAACGAUCAUCAUUUUCGUUGCGCUUCUCUACGAGCGUUUGUUAUAUCCAAACUAUCGGGAUUUUGGGAAACAUCCAGUCGAAGUGGGAAAAAUGAUACUCAAUAUUCUCAGCUCGAUGCUGCCUGGCAUUUUAAUGUUCGUUUGCGGUUUUUAUCUUCUCCUGCAUUGUUGGAUGAAUGCUACCGCUGAACUGUUACGAUUCGCUGACAAGAUGUUUUAUAAAGAUUGGUGGAACUCGAUCUGCUUCAGCACUUAUUAUCGAACCUGGAACAUCGUGGUACACGACUGGUUAUACACUUACAUUUACAAGGACAUGUACGAGAUCCUGACUCCAGGAAACAGGACUAUAUCUACUUGUGCGGUCUUCGCUAUCUCGGCGAUCAUUCACGAAUACAUCCUCAGCUUCACCACCCAUUUCUUUUAUCCAGUUAUGCUGAUUCUUUUCGGUGUUAUUGGCCUCACGGUCGUGUUUGUAUUGAAGACUGCUGGAAACGUUUUCAUGUGGUUCAGCUUGAGCGUAGGUAAUGGAGUAAUGGUUAGCUUAUACUGCAUGGAGUAUUUCGCCAGGAUCAAUUGUCCUCCGGUUCGAGACGAUUUCUGGGACGUUUUCAUCCCCAGAAGUUGGGCGUGUAUUUUUAAGUGAGGGAUAACGAAUGUUUUAAGUUUUAUUCGAAUAGACGUUCUGAAUAUGUUGUGAACUUGUUUGUGUGAGGAUUUUUGCCAGUGGUUAUUGAAUUUCAGAUAUAUUUGAAGAACGCUAUAACCGAAGCUGUAUAAAUUAGUAUAGAUCUAUCGUGAAUUAUCUGAAGCAGAA